AUGGCAGGAAAUCCCAUGAAGCGUAACCAAAAUCUUUAUUGCCAAUAUCACCAGGAUCAAGGGCAUACCAUUAAAGAUUGCAGGAAUCUGUGGGAUCAUUUGGACCAGCUAGUCCAGGAAGGGAAACUAAAACAUCUUUUGCAUCGUUCCAGUGGUCAGCAAGGCCAGACGAAUCCAAUGCUCACGAGAGAUACAUCCUCAAGGUCUCCUAUUGGCACGAUAAAUGUCAUCUUCGCUGCUUCAGGGAGGACCGGUUCAUAUCCUUCAAGGGUGAUGUCUGUGGCUCAAUUGCCGUCUGAGGAGUCCGAUUCGGAGCCAAAGAGGGCCAGGAUUGGAGGAUAUGAUGUGAAAAGGGUAAUGGUAGAUGAUGAUAGUAGUGCUGAAAUCAUGUAUUCUGACUUGUAUAAGGGGUUGAACUUGAGACCCAAGGAUCUGAUAGCCUAUGACUCUUCUUUGAUAAGCUUCGACGGGAAUGUGGUCACUCCGAGGGGUCAAAUUAGAUUACCCGUACAGGCUGGCACAGCGGUGGUGGAGGUGGACUUCAUUAUGAUGGAUGCUUAUUCUCCAUACACAGCCAUUGUGGCCAGGCCUUAG